UUAAUAAAUUACGUGAACCAAAGAAUCGGCACAGUGUAGUGCGAACGCUUGCGCAACAGGCCGCUAAAACGGCUGUCAUUUAGGAUAAGGUUUAACGUCCACAGCAACAUGACACGGCAAGAAAGGUUAUUCGUUAUAGCAAGUAUAAUUACGUGCUAUCUACUCCAAGCGCAAGGAGCCGAUAAGUAUACAGACGAAAACAGACCUUACGAGUUUGGGUUUACGAUAGAUGGACAGCAACAUCGACAUGAAGAGAAAGAUAAAAACGGAAUUGUCAAGGGAGAGUAUGGAUUCAUAACGGCCGACGGUGUAUACCAUGUAACGGUGUACGCUACAGACGAACAAGGAAGGUUUAAAAUAUUAUCUAUGAAGAAUAUUCGUUAUGCCGACUACCGAGGACUUUCAGGAGCACCUGCACCUGCAAGACAGGGUCACAGUCUUAAGCUACCAUCACCACAGUCGGCAAUAACGGCUCAAAAAUCAACUUUCGUUGCGCAACCAGCCCCUAAACCCGCUCUGGAACUAGAAACAAUAUCUAUUGAGCCGCCAGCAAACUCGUGUUCACAUUGUAGUAUUCCUACGACUUCGACUGCAGCUCCAGAACCAAUUAACAUACCGGCAAAGGAUAGAAACGGCGGUGUACCUGCCGCUUCGGGUGCAUCUAAUCCAAUUAACUUAGGUAAUAACCGAUACUCGUCACCUGCGAAUACACCUUCAGUUAAUCAACAAAAUGGCUUUAACGCUGAACCGCAAAACAAUUUUAAUGCAAAACAAUACGUGAAUAGUGCCACUAUUGGCACUCAAGGUUUCGGACCAGGACCUCAAGUACCAAUAUUGCAAAAUAACCAGGCGGCUCCAAGUAUUCCUCAACAACCCAAUGAAGCAGAACAACCAAUAGAUAAUAUCAGGCCAUCGAACAUACUUAAAGGCCCAUACGUAUCAGGACAACAAAAUGUACCCGGUACCCCACAAUACCAAGGAGCUGGUCCUCAGAUUGACAAUGCUGUACAAAGACCUAAUGAAUUAGGAAAACCAGUUGGUGUGAGUGGGCCGCCAGGCCCAUCUCAAGUGCCAAAUUUGCAGGGACCACAAAGCGCGACUGGCGGGCAACAGACUGUGCCAAACGGCCAAGGUGCACGUCAACAAUCGGAUAACACUGAAAGAUCACGGUCAGGUAAACAAUAUACGGGAACACCUAAUUUAUCAACACCACAGUCUAGUACGGGAGGUUCAGGUGGCACACAAGCCAGUAACAAACCUAAUCAAAAACCUAUGUUGAUGUACGCUCAAAUGCAAAUAGUCGACAAGAACACAGACAUACAUGCAAAACGUCCAGGAGAGCAAGAUGGUCUACCACGAGGUCUAAAUGAAGACGAUAUGUUAAGACUUCUUUACACAUUUAAUUAUACUUUAGGCUUCCAAGCUCACUUUGAAGAAGGUUACACGAAUGGCGUAAAAAGGGGUUAUUAUUAUACCACUGGUAGGAACGGAGUUCGCACAAGGAUUGAUUAUGUCGCUGAUGAAAAUGGAUUUAGACCGACGCUUUCUCAAGAAGUGCUUGAUUUAAUAUCAGAUGACGUCCCCAAAGAAGACACAGAGAAAGAUGAGAAAUAUGGUUUAAAAGGCUACGAAUUUAAAUGGCUCUAUUUUCCGGUCGAAUCUAAUAGUCAGUAAAAUAACGGUGAAAUUUAGUGAUAAAACAUUAGAUCAAUUGAUAAACUUUAUAAUUUAAUUGUACAAUACUUGUAUAGAAAUAUAUUUUAAUAAUAAAUUAAUCUAAUAAUUGUA